CCCGCCGCUCCGCCCCGGGUUUCGCUCGCAGCCCCCGCGGCUCGCGCAGCGCCCCUCGGCUCGAGCGAGCAGAGAGAAGCAGCGAAGAGACGGAGAGCUCUGGGGGAGCUCUUCCUCUGCCGUCUCCCCCUUCCGCCUUUGUCUCUCCCCCGCCCGCUACGUUUGUCCAUCGUCGGGCUCUGUCUCUCUGCCCGUCUUGCCGCCGUCUGUUGGGUUCGCCGUAACAGCUCCUCACCCCCCCCAAUCUCUCUCUCGUCUCUCUCUUCGUUCGGCUCCUGCUGCCUGGCCACGGCUGUCCGCGUUCUUCACGCCGUCCGCGACGGUCGGAGCGCGACCACUGCAUGGCAACCACGACUGGGACGGGCACUGGUGGCGACUGACGCUGGCUUGCAAGACGGACACCGCGUGACUCCCCGAGGCAGUGCGGCGUAGGAGCUGUCGGUGCUGGAGCUUCUUCUUCUCCUGCUGCUGCUGGUGCUCGGCGGUGGUGGCGGUGGUGGAACACCAGGUGAAGGAUCAGUGGGAGCAACCACAACAGCAGCAGCUGGUGGUGGUGCUGCCCGUGCUGGUGGUAGUGUUAUCACUGCGGGUGAUUGGUGGUGGUGGAACAGCGGAGGAGAGAUCCGCGCAAGCGGCAGCGGCAGGUGGAAGAGGCGGUGUUGGUGCUGGUGUUGUUGCUGCUGCUGGUGGUGGUCUUUGCUGCUGGUAGUGGUGUUACUGGUGGUGGUGCUGCUGGUGGCUGAGGAGCGUCACCAGGGAGAAGGAGAGGAGGUGGAGGAGGAGGAGGGGAGAUAGCCGCUUCGGCGGCGGUGGUGGUGAGCGGCAGGAGCAGGAGGAGGGUGUUCCAGCCCUCGGAGGUCGGCGAGGGCAGAUGCCGUGUUGUUGGCGGCCGCGCUUUCGGCUCGGGCUGGACGUCGGCCGGAGCGCCCUGGGGCCCGCCUCGGGAAAUGUCCGCUUCGACGAGCGGCUCGGCGCCUAACCCCGCCGCCGGCCCGGACGCGUACGACAGCGGCGAUGACUGGGAGAUCGGCGUCGGCGAUCUGAUCAUCGACCUGGACGCAGACCUCGAGAAGGAUCGGCAGAAGAUGGAGCUCAAGCCUCACGGGGCCAAGCACGAAGCGCUGGCGGCCACGGCCACCCCGGCGGCGGCGUUAGCGGCAGGGAACGCCUCCACGGCCACGCCGGUGGCCGCGGUGGCGCGCGGCCUCGGAAAGUUCAGCGCCUCCGGACAGAGCCCCAAGGAGAUGGGGGCCACCGCGAACAGCACUACCGGCGCCACCGGCACCGCCACCGGCGGCGGCGGAAGCAGCAGCAGCAAGAGCAAGUCCAAACGGAGCAAGGCCUCCAAGGAGAACGGAAAGUCCCCACCUGUGCUGGUGGCCCCAGGGCCGCCGCCGGCGCCGCUCGGCAACGGGGUGGCCGAGAAGCCGGAGCCGUGCCACGGAGGGCCCUCGGCCCGGCCACCCCCGGCCAGCGCCUCCUCCGCCGCGGGGCCGCAGGCGCCGUCGGUCGCGGCUUCCGGCCAGGCCUCGGCGGCGGCGGCAACGGCGGCGGCCGCCGCUUCGCCGGCCUCCGCCCGGGCCAAGGAGGAGAGCCGGUCUCCCGCCAAGAGCCGCAGCGGCUCCAAGAAGAGCGGGAGGGACCACCAGCCCGGGGCCUGCUCCGUCAAGGGCAAGAAGGAUGGCAAGAAGCACGGCCCCGCCGCCCUGGGCCAGAAGGGUCCCGGGGCCGCCGGAGGAUUCCCUGGCGGUCUGGGCCCCUUUGGAUUAAGUGUCAAGGGAAGCCCCUUUCACUUUGUGUUCCAAGGCACGGCCGAUGCUAAGAAGGACUGCGCGGGCCCUAAUUGCGUGAGCGAGGCCACCGCCGGAGGAGGGGCCGUGGGGCCCAGGGCCAUGGAGGGGAGACGGGAGGUGAAGGACGUGGCCGGUGGUGGUGGUGGUGGAGGAGGAGCGUCUUCGCCAGCAUCCAAACGGAUUAAAACCGAAAAGGUUGACCUCGGGCUUCCGGCCUCCACCGCGUCGUCGUCCUCGUCGUCGUCGUCCUCGUCGUCAUCGUCGUCUCUGUGCUCCUCAUCGCCCUCAUUACCCACGACGCUGGUGCUCUCCGCGGCGCAGGGGACUCAGGGCAAGCCGCCCCCCGCGACCCCGUGCCCCGCGGCGACCCCUACGCCGACCCCCACGCGGGGGUCGGAGGUCAAAGUCGAGGCACCCGACGAGGACGCCGACGAGGUUUCGGCGGCGACGACGUCCGGAUCCGGUGGCGGCGCCGCGAAUCCCGGCGCCGCCACGGCGACGCCGGCGUCGGCGGGAGCGGCGGCCGGAUCGACGGUAGCGCCGGGGCUGCCGGGGCUGCAGGGAGUUUCGCCGGCGCCCGCGGCGUCGGCGUCGGCGGCCGCCUCCGGCCGGCGCCGCUCCGUCGGCGUGAACACGUGCGAGGCGGGGACCCUGACGGAGCCCGAGAGCCUCGGGCCCUGCGAGCCGGGCACCAGCGUGAGCCUCGAGGGCAUCGUGUGGCACGAGACGCACGGAGGCAUCCUGGUGGUGAACGUGACGUGGAGGAACAAGACGUACGUGGGGACGCUGCUGGACUGUACGCGGCACGACUGGGCGCCGCCCCGGUUCUGCGAGUCGCCCACGAGCGACCUGGACGUGCGCGGCAACCGCAGCCGCUCCAAGCGCGGCCGCUCCGUCUCCAGCACGCCGGCGAACGAGAGCGCCGUCGCCGCGGACAGCGCCUGCCGGGGCGGCGCCGCCAACGGCGGCAAGGGCAAAGGUGGCACCGGCGCCGGCGGAGGGGGCGGCGGGGGAGGGAGCGGGGGCGCGGGGGGCGGCGCCGGAGGAAACGGCGGCUCCGGAGGCGCCGGCGGCAACGGCGGCAACGGCGCCGGCGGUGGAAACGGCGCCGGGGGCAACGGCGCCGGGGGCAACGGCGGAGGCUCCAACGGAGGUGCGGGCGGAUCGAGCAGCAGCCGGCGCAAGGCGACCGUCAACGGCACGGCCAACGGGCGCAGGACGCCGCCUCAGAGCGCCAGCGACGACGUCAAGGCCGGCCUGGUGACGGGCACCGGCGGCGCCGGCGGCGCUGCUGGCGGCGGCGGCGGCAGCAACAAGAGGAAGGCGAAGCCGCCCAACGAGCUGGAGCUGUCGACCGGCGUCGAGGACGGCCGCAACGGCGCCAAGCGGUCGCGGUCCAACUCGGCUCAGGGUGGAGCGGGCGGCGGCGGCGGCGGCGGCGGCGGCUUUGGGGGGGCGGCGUCGCAAGGGGUCGGGGGCGGCACCCCGGUGACGUCGCCGCAGGGCGCGGGCCCCGGCACGCCGCUGGGGCCGCCGCAGUCCCCCGCCCUCCUCGACUGCCCCCACCCCAGAUGCAACAAGCGCUACCGCAACGCCAACGGCCUGCGCUACCACCAGACGCACGCGCAUUCCGACCCCGAGAGCCGGGCCGAGGACGAGGCCGACAGCGAGGAGAAGGCGUCGGACGGCGAGGAGCGGCCCCCGGGCGCCGCUUCCAAGGGGGCCGCUCCGAUUUCGUCUCCGUCCAAGGGCGGAGGCGGCAGGGAGGCGCCGCGAGGCCGCUCGGAGGGCCCCGCGGCGCCGGCGGCCCGGGCGGGCCACGGCAAGGCGUCCACGAAGCGGAAGGAGGAGCCGGAAGAGAACGACGAGAUCCCGGCGAUCGCGAACAUCGCGGCGGCGCUGGAGGCGUCGCUGGAUGGCGACACGAGCCACGAGAUGCCCAAGCUGGAGAUGGAGGGGCUGCCCAACUGCGCCGCCGGCAAAGCCGCCGAGCUGGGGGACAAGGGCAAGAAGCAGGGUGGCGGCGGUGGCCGGAACGACAAAUCCUCACCGAAGCCCAAGGCGGUCCGGACGAUCGCGCCGGCACUGCCGCCGCCCCAGCUCGUGCCGCUGUCCGCGGUGGCGGCCGCCCCGCUGCCCGCGACGGCGCCCGAGUCGCCCGUGGGCGGCGGCGGCCUGGCGGGGCUCCCGCCCUCCCUGUCGCCCGCGGCCCUGCCGCCCGCGGUGGGGCCCCCGCUCAAACCCAUCCAGCCCAAGCCCCAAGACGCGCUCGGGCAGCCGCCACCGCCGUCUUCGUCGUCGUCGUCUUCGUCGUCCAAGGACAAGAAGAAGAAAGACAAGAAGAAGAAGGACAGGGACAAGGAGCCGGAAGGCCCCAAGACGCUGGACGCGGCGGCGGCGGCCGCCGUGGUCGCAGCCACGGGAACGUCGUCGUCGUCGUCGCCGCCGGCGCCAGCGGCGCCGGCGGCGACGACGGCGGUGGGGCUGCCGCCAACCCUCGGGGAAGCCGGCCCGGCGGGCCCCGCGUGCCCUGGAGAGUACCUGGCCAAGGUGGAGGGCCUCGUGAACGGCCUGGGCGAGGCCCAUGAGGUCAACCGGCUCGCGAGCAUCAAGGCCGAGGCGGCCAAGGUGUACAGCUUCUCGGACAACGCGCCCAGCCCGUCGAUCGGCGCCACCGCUUGCUGCGCCGGCGCGCCCGUCAAGACGGCCGUGUCGCCCCGCAGCAACCGGCACCAGCAGCCUUAUCCCCAGCCGCAGCAGCAGCAGCAGCCGCAGCAGCAGCCACCGCCGGCCGGCAUCGGCCUCGUCAGCACGAUCGCGUCACCGGCGAACGGCCGAGGGGCCGGCCCCGGGCAGGACUCGCCUGCCGGCGCCCCGCGUUGCCCCGGCGAGCACCGGUGCGCGCCGCCGCUACCGCCGGUGAUGGUGAAGGCGGACGUGGACAGGCAGUCGGCGCCCACCACCACCAGCCCCGCCGCCUACUCGGACAUCUCGGACGUGGGCUCGGACGGCGGCGCCGGGGACGGCGGUCGGGUCCGGGGGACGGCGCCGCCGCCUCCGGGACCCCCCGCCGGCGCAGCUGCCGCCGGCGCCACCGGCGCAGGGCAGCCGUGCGAGCAGACGGUGGGCAGCAGCGCCGAGACGCGCGACCGCCCGCCGCCCCAGCUGAAAAAGGACGCGGACGCCGCCCCGACAUACGGGCAGCUCUACGGCGACGGCGGCGGUUACGGCAAGGCCGGGGGCGGCAACGGCGGCGGCGGAGGAACGGCGCCGGCGGCGGCACAGGACCCCAAGGUCGUCGUGGGUCCGCACCCCGUGCGGGUGAAGCUGGAGCCCGAAGAGGAAGAGACGCUGAAGAGCGCGGCGGAAGCGAAGGCGACUAAACGCGCACCGGACCUCACGUUCUGCCACCACCAGCACCAGCAGCUGCAGCAGCACCUGCAGCAGCACCUUCACCACCAGCACCUGCAGCAGCAGCAGCAGCAACAGCAGCAGCAGCUGCAGCACCACUUGCAGCAGCAGCAUUUGCAGCAGCAGCACCAACAGCACUUGCAGCAGCAGCAGCAGCAACAGCAGUCGGUGAUUCAGCAGCAGCAGCAGCAGCAGCGGUCGUCGCAGGCGCUGUACUAUGGGCACUACGCCUACAUCCCGGGCCUGGGCUACGUGGAGCAGGGCUACCAGCAGCUGCUGGGCAACUCCGCCAACUACAGGCACUACGAGCGAUUCUACCAGGAGCAGCACCGGCUGGCGGCCGCGGCCGCUGCUGCCGCGGCGUCCGAGAGGGGCAUCACGUACCAGCAGCUGAGCCCCGGCGAGCUGGAGCGGGAGAGGAGGCUGGAGGCCGGCGGCGGCGGCGGUGGCUUGGACGGAGACCGCGACCCGGGCCUAUCCGCCCGCCACAAGGCCCCCGCCUCGGCCACCGUCUCCCGGGCGCCUUCCCAGCCGCCCGUCCCCUCGGCUGCCGUGGGCCGCACGCCAACCCCCACAAUGCACAGCCGCUCGCCCACCCCCAGCCCUGGCCCGGGCGGGGGCGGCGGCGGCGGCGGCGGCGGUUGUGCCGGGAACUUGAAACUGAAGGACAAGGAUGGGGACCGGGACAUGGGGAAGAUGGCGCAGUCCGGAGUGCCGAGCAGAGUGCUGGACACAACUGCAUCCAUGCAGCAUCAGCAGCAGCAGCAUCAGCAGCUUCAGCAGCAGCAGAUACAGCAGCACCUGCAUCAGCAGCAGUUGCAUCAGCAGCAUAGUCAGCAUCAGCAUCAUCAUCAACAACAUCAGCAGCAAAGCCAGCAGCAGCAGCAGCAACAGCAGCUGCAGCAGCAGCAUCAGCAGCAGAUGGACUUUCGCAACGAGGAGUUUCAAGGCAGGCCGGUUGACGGUGCUCGCAAGGAGGUUAAACCCGGUGCGGACAGCGGAAAGCACGUUGGAAUGGAGCACCACAAGCAGGUCGGCAACGCGGCGGGAAAGGCGUGGGCGCCGGCGUCCGCGGCGCCGUCGGCGUCGUCGUUCCCGUACGGCCCGCGGCAGCACGAGGACCGCGAGGACCGGCGCGACCGCGACCCGGGACCGCCCGGUCAGCCGCCCCGGCGAGAGGGCAGCCCCGCCAAGCCGCCCUGCGCCACCACCGUCGUCAACGCCGCCCGCGACGACGUCGGCAGGGAGGUGAGGAGGCCCGGUUCGUGCCCGACCCCGUCCGACAAUCCCCGCUCCACGCCGGCGGCGGGCGGCCGCGACGGCCGCGACGGGCGAGAGCCGCCGCCGGCCAGGGCCGCCGACGGCCGCCCCGGCGUCCUCGUGGGCUCCGAGGCGGCGGCCGUGGCCGCGGCGGCGGCGGCGGCGGCGGCUCAGCACGCGGCGUACCUGCAGUACGUGUCGCCGUACGGCUACGCGCAGGUGUACGACGCGGGGCACCCGGCCUACCGGGGCCUCUCCGCCACGCCCAUGCUGCUGCACGGCUUCCAGGGCGCCUACUACCCCCCGGGGUUCCCCUACCAGGGCUACGGCAAGCUCACGGCGAGCGCCGCCGCGGCGGCCGCGGCGGCCGCGGCCGGCGGGGGCGGCGGCGGCGGGAUUUCGCGGGAGGACCCCGACAAGGUGACGUCGUCGCUCAGCCCCAGCGGCUCGCCGGUCGGGCUGGGCAGGCCCGCCACCGGCGGCGGAGGCGUCGCGGUGCCUGGCGGGGAGACGAAAGCGCUGGAGCUGCUGCAGCAUCACGCCAAGCAUUACCGCAACCGCUCGCCGUCGCUCAGCCCUCGCGUGAUGAGCGACAAGUGCGUGCACGACGCGGACAAGGGCGGCGGUUCCAGCGGCGGCGCCGGCGGCGCCGCCGAGAGGGACAAGGAGGCGGAGCGGUGCGCAGCAUCGCCGCCGCCAUCGCAGCGGCACGUGCACACGCACCACCACGCCCACGUGGGCAUGGGGUACCAGCUGCUGUCGGCGCAGUACGACCGCUACACCGGACUCCCCACCGCCACGGCGCAAGCCUCGGCGUCCGCCGUGUUCCCGCCGUCCUGAGGCCGGCGUGGAACGCACGCGGAGGGUAUGGGCAGCACCGACGGACUCGCAACUUCACGGUUCCCGGGACGCUCCGCCGCGCUCGGCUGCCGCUGACGCGCGAUCCGCCCCGACGGCACCCGGAGCGGCGCCGGCACCGCUCGCUGCGGCCGCUUUGGCGGCAGACCGAGCGGGAACGUGAAACCCAUCGCCCGGAGCGAAAGCAACAGCGAACAACGACAGCUUCAACAACGGCAACAACUCCAGCGUCAACGGCGUCAGCGGCAAUACAACACGAGCGGCGGCGGCGGCGGCGGCGGCGGCCGUGUCUCCACGCCGCUGAGACGCGCGAGGCGCGCCGCCGCCGCUCUGGGUACAAUCCAUUCGGCCGCUCGUAGGAAGGAAUCGGAGGUUGCGGGGGGAGGUGGCCGCCGGGGGCGGGGAAGGGUUGCCGGCGGAACGUCGCCACGCCGACGCCGAACACGACAACGCGAAUGCGCCGUGGAAUCCGCGCGGUGCGGCGCCUGCCGCGACCCCCGUGCGGUUAGCGCCGCGGACGCCCUGCCGACAGCUCCCCCCACGCCCCCCCCCCCACCCCUCCGCAUCGCCGUCCGGUCGGCGCCUCCUUCGCCCCCCGCCUCCCUGACGGUGCCACCCUGCGCCGACGCCCGGUCCAGCCAAGCGCUCGAUCGGCGCGCCCUGCUCGACCGCGGCGAUCCAGCCGCGCCUGCUGCCGGGCGCCGUGCGCCCUGCGCCCGAGAGGAGGACGAGGUGGAGGAGGGCGGCACCGAGGGUGUUGGUGAUCCACGAGGGGGUCCCCGCCCACGCGGGCAACUCGGAACUCCCGCGUGCCGAGGCAUCCUCCUCGGCCCCCACCCCAAGCGCCGCGGCCCUGAAACGCCACCCCCCCCCCCCCAGCGUCCUCCGCCAGCGUGCCGGCCGGCUGUACAUAGCGACUCCGGCUCCUCCGCACGUCGGAUUUGAAGCGCCCGGCGCCCCGCCGCCAACGGGACUGCAAUUGCUCGCGAGCGGCGUUUUUAAUCGAUGUACUCGGCGAAAUGUAUUUUACUGACUUUCUUUGAAAGCGAAAACGCAAAAAAACUAAAAAAAAACUCGACGACGAUGACAGCGAUGAGAAUUCGGCGACGGAACACUGACCGGGGGCGAAGACGUCGCGGACGCGGAACAAAGGAGCGGGGGGGGGGGGGGGGGGUUGCGGGUGAGGGGGCGAGCGGAGGCGCCGCGGUUGGGGCCGCGGCGGUCGCGUGGCGACAUCGCCAGCGCCUGCCGGAGGGUCCACUCCUCCUCCUGCCGUUGUCCACCUCUGCAAUCCCGAGCUACAAAUCUCCCCGCCCACCGUUGUUGUUGUUGUCGUCGUCGUUGUUGUUUAUAAUGGACGGUGUGGGACACGAACCCCGCGUCGCCGCGGUUCCACGCCCGGAGGCAGCCGCUCGCUCCUUGAACCUUCGCCUUACCGAUCACCCCACCCCCCAAAAUCCACCCGCUACCCCCCAAACCCCCCUUCCCAUUAUCUGGCAUCAAGAUUCAGAUUCCCCCCCCCCACCCCUCAGAUUCGUCACUCCACUCCUGCCAGACCUCCCUAAUCCAUGCUGUCACCCGACGCACCGCCACACACACACACACGCGCACGCUCACACACGUACACACACACGCGCACGCUCACACACGCACACACACGCACACGCUCACACACGUACACACACGCACACACACACGCACG